AUUGUUCAGGAGACAUUUUUGGAGCAUGUACUAUUAGCAGGCAGUUUGCUAGGUACAAAACAAUUAUUCCUGAGUCAUUUAUAGCUAAUGGGAGAAAUGGACAUAUGCAUAGUUUUAAUAUUACUGGUAAAAACGAUCAUAGAGUUUCUUGGGGGCUCAGGAGGGAAUUCAGCCUUGCUGCAUGUGUGUGUGUGUGUGUGUGUGUGUGUGUGUGUGUGAGAGAGAGAGAGAGAGAGAGAGAGAGAGAGAGAGGUGGCGGGGGAGAGAGAGAGAGAGAGAUGUGGUAGAGAGGUAGUAAGAGGGUUGUCACUGGACAGGGAAAGUCUUCCUAGAGAAGAUAAUAUUAAUUUUAAUUUGCAACUCUUGGGAUAAACAAAAGUGGUAGCUUUUUUUUUUUUUUUUUUGUCAUAUCUAAUCACUUAACUAGGAUUUAGGAAAAGUUUAAUGCCUCUUAUAAUCAGUUUGUUUUCUUUUUAUGUUACGGGGGAAAUAGGGUUCUUGUCAUACAGAGCCAUUUCUAACCUGGUUCUAAUCUAUGUGCUGUCCUCAUCUUUCCACUGUCACCUGCUUUUUAAUUCUAUAAAAUUACUCAUUUAUGCUGUAAUUGCUUUUGGCUUAAUACCAAGCUUAAGCCUUUUACUUAUAGCAAAUUAUCUUGGGUUUUCUUUCUUUCAGUAAUGUUUAUUUGGAAAUGUGCUGAACUAAAAUAAAUAUGAAAUGUCAUCUGUAUUCAGUAUUUUUUUUUUUUAAUUGUGAAAACGACCUGUAAUUGUCGAACUAUGUCUGGACUGGGAGAACUGUGAGUGGACUUGUAUACUCCGAAGGCUUGCUUGACUGGAAGUAUAUAAAACCUUAUGGGAAAUCAUAGGCUUUUCCUUCCUUCUGUAGAGUCUCUUGUAACUGAACUUGAUCUUGUGGAAAUUUGGGAACAUUGUCCAGGAGCUGCUAAAAGACAAACUUCUGUGGGUAUGUGGCUUCCCUGUCUACACCAACCUACCUGGUCUCUUCUCUUAAAACUGAGUACAUCCCUUUGAGGGCUGAAGAAAUCGGGGUUGACUAUUUUAGAAUUCUCAAGAGAAAUGUGCUUUAAAUCUUUACAAAACUUUUCUUUUUUCAGGGGCUCCUGGUGGCUCAGUCGGUUAAGUGUCCAACUUUGGCUUAGAUCAUGAUCUCACGGUUCGUGAGUUGGAGCCCCACAUUGGGCUCCCUGCUGUCAACACAGAGCCUGCUUCAUAUCCUCUUCUCCUCCCCCACUAAUGUGCACACACACGCGUGCACACGCACACACACACACACACACACACUCUCUCUCUCUCUCUCUCUCUCUCAAAAAUAAAUAAAAACAAAACUUUUUUUUCUUUUUUUAGAGAACUUCUCCAAAGACACAGGACAUAAGAUGUAAAUCCAGUGCUAUUUGAUAGUAAAUCCUAGCUUCCACAGGGACUUUGACUAGUUUAAUUGCUUUUUACUAGGUUUGUUUGAUAAAAACAACUGCUCUAAUACAAAGAAUUUUAUCUAGUCCCAUUGUGGUAAAAGUUAUCCUUUGUUGGUUGCGAGUUCCUCACGUACAUAAACAUUCUGGGCCUCAUGUUUAAUAGCUAAUUAAGCAACACAGUUAUCACAUGGCUGUCAUUAAUAUUGUAUGAUUAGUAUGUGCCAGGCAGUAUUCUAAUAGUGCAUUUUCUGUGUAUUAACGAAUUUAAUCCUCACAGCAGUUCUAUCAUGAGUUAGCUUUAUCUUCCUAUCCCAUUUUCUAUAAAAGGAAGAAGUUAUUAAGUGGUUAUAACCAAAGAUUUUCAAAUUUCUAACGAAGGAGAGAGAUUUGAAAGACAGUAACUAUGACAAAACUAGAGCUAGUUUUGUGUGUAGCUCUGUAUUUCUGAAGUAGAUAGGUAUAGUGAGUCUGGGCUUACAAAUUAUAUGUUUACAAAUAACAGGCCCUAGAAAAACCCAAAGUACAUGUGAAUCUAUCAGGUUCAACUAGUAGAUUCAGAAAAAUUGUAAAGCUCAGUGAAUUAUAUGUGAAACAUUAUUUUUAAGUGGACUGUCUGGUAAUGGCAAAGAACGUGUUUGUAAAGAGCUUAGCUGACUGGAUUAGAAUAAAGAAAUUGUCUCUCUCCAUCUGUUCUAAUUAGCUUAUCUCUUCUGCUUUCAUAGCCUGCUGCUUCUUUCAGAAAAGAAGUGAGAGGUAUUUUGAAAGGACACCAUUUUUAUUUAAGCUAAUUUAUAAUGGUUUUGGAAUGGUUGUCAGUUUUCAAAGAUAAACUUUGAAAUGUUAGACCUUUUCUAUAAUAAUUCGUUACUGGAAGUUUCAAGGCUUUUUUGGGUGCUCAAGGAUUUUGGCCUCUCCUUAUUCCUUUGAUUUUGGCCCAAAUGAUUAUGUUUCCUCAUUUUGGGAAGAUUUCUCUGGGUAUUUUGAUAUUUGUCGUGAUAGAAGGAAACCUUCCAUCAUUAACAGCACAAACCUACAUAUCUUUAGAAGAUAUCCAAGAACCCAAGAGUGCAGUUUCUUUUCAUCUGACUGACAAGGAAUCCGGGGAGCCUUCUCAUUCUACUGAAAAGAAACUACCUUUGGACCACAGAGAAGCUGAGAAACAGUGGUUGCUCAGAAGAAGGCGAUCUAUCCUGUUUCCUAAUGGUGUAAAAACCUGCCCAGAUGAAAGCAUUACAGAGGCUGUGGCAAAGCAUGUAAAGUACUUUAAAGUACGAGUGUGUCAGGAAGCUGUCUGGGAAGCCUUCCGGACAUUUUGGGAUCGACUUCCUGGACGUGAGGAAUAUCGUUACUGGAUGAACUUGUGUGAGGAUGGAAACACAACUAUAUUUGAAAUGGGCACAAAUUUUAGUCAGUCUGUGGAACAUAGAAAUUUAAUUAUGAAGAAAAUGACAUAUACAAAGGAAACUGUAAGCAGCCCUGAAUUGUCAUCUCCAGUUCCUGUUGGUGAUGCCCCAACAUCAGGAGGUGCUGUUGUCAGUGUUCCAUAUCCAGGGGUGACCAUCUCUGAAGGUAUCUCAGAAAGCAGCAAGGAGAGGCCUGGGGAGAGUAUUAGUAAUGAAAUUGAGAAUGUCAUGGAAGAAACCACAAAACCAGCAACUGAGCAGAUUGCAGAGUUUAGUAUCCACCUUUUGGGAGAGCAAUAUAGGGAAGAACUACAGGAUCCCUCCAACUUUCAGCACCAGCACCUUGUAGAAGAGUUUAUUUCAGAGGUUGAAAAUGCAUUUACUGGGUUACCAGGCUAUAAGGACAUCCGUGUACUUGACUUUAGGUCCCCCAAGGAAAAUGGCAGUGGUUUAGAUGUUCACUAUGCAGUGACCUUCAAUGGUGAGGCCAUCGGCAAUACCACCUGGGACCUAAUUAGCCUUCAUUCCAACAAGGUGGAAAACCAUGGUCUUGUGGGCCUGGAUGAUAAGCCCACUGCUGUUUAUGCAAUUAGUAACUUCAGAGAUUAUAUUGCUGAGACACUGCACCAGAAUUUUUUGUUGGGGAAUUCCUCUUUGAAUCCAGAUCCUGACUCCCUCCGGCUUAUCAAUGUGAGAGGGGUUUUACUUCCUGAAACUGAAGACCUAGUUUGGAACACCCAAAGUUCAAGUCUUCAGGCAACCCUACCAUCCAUUUUGGAUAAUACCCUUCAAGCUGAAUGGCCCUCAGCAGAUGAAUCCACCACCAGCAGUAUUUCACCACUUGAUUUCAGCUCUGGUCCUCCCUCAACCAAUGGCAGGGAACUCUGGUCAGAAAGCCCUUUGGGUGAUUUAGUGUCUACACCCGAAUUAGCCUUUCCCGCGAAGGUGGGCCUCAGUUCUUCCCCAGAGGUUUUAGAGGUUAGCAGCUUGACUCUUCAUUCUGUCACCCCAGCAGUGCUUCAGACUGGCUUGCCUGUGGUUUCUAAGGAAGGAACUUCUGGAUCUCACAUAUUAGAAGAUGGAUUAAUCAAAGUUGAAGGGCCAGAAGAUAUUCUUUCUGUUCAUUCAUUGCCUUCAAGUCCAUUCACUCAUCCAGUGCCAAAGGAAACGAUAUCAUCUGUGGAAGACUCUGAAGUGUCUUUGACAUCCUUACCAUAUCUGGCCUCCUCUGUCACUUUGGAUCUUGCUAAAGAAACAAUGAUACCUUUUGGCUUGGACUCUUUGGCCUCCAAAGUCAAAGGCCAAUUAGAAGUGAGCACUUUGAUGCCAGACACAUCCAUAGAAAAAGAGUUUAUAUUUGAGAGUGGUUUAGGUUCAGGAUCUGGGCAAAAGGUGGAUCUGAUUACUUGGCCAUGGAGUGAGACUUCAUUAGAGAAGAGUUCUGAACCACUGUCCAAGUCAUGGCUUGAAGAUCAGGAAUCACUUAUGCCAACUGAAGGUAUAUAUGAGAAAUUAGGUAUAGAUGACAAAGAUUCCACAGGGCAAAGUACUGAGCAUUUAAAAUAUGGAUAUUAUGAUAGAUCCACACACUUUGCAGAGGAAGAGCUCAUUGGUGGACCUACUGUGCCCAUCUUUGCAGAGACCACAACUGAAUCUGCAUCUCUAAUUCUCUCCAAGCAAAUAUCAGAGGCACCUGACAUUGAUGAUUACUCAGUUACCAAAGCACCUCUUCUAUUGACAGCAAUCUCUGCUUCUACUGGUAAACCAGAGCUACCAUUUCUAAAGAAGGAUAUGGAACAAACUAUAGAGUCAUCCGAGCGUAAAUGGUUUGACAGCAAGUUUUCAAUAAUGAAGCCAGAUAUGCAACCUUUGGGGACCAUAUUGCCAGAAUCAGAUGUAGUUUGGGCAAGAACUUCUUCCCUGGGGAAAUUGUCCAGAGACAUAUUGGCAACUACACUGCAGAGUACUGACAAGCUCUGGCUUAAAUCUUCCAUGACACAGUCUACCAAAUUGUCUCCAACCACAAGCUCCACCCUGCUAGAGGAUGAAGUAAUUAUGGGUGUACAGGAUAUUUCAUUAGAACUGGACCGGAUAGGCACAGAUUACUAUCAGCCUGAGGUAAUCCCUGAGGAAAAUGGCAAGGUUGGUAGUUAUGUGGAAAUGUCUACAAAUGUUCAGUCCACAGAGAGGGCUAUUGUGGUGCAACCCACAGAAGGAGGUAACUUGAGUCAUACCCAGACUGCAGGAGCUUUGGUGGUUUUCUUCAGCCUCCGAGUGACAAACAUGAUGUUUUCGGAAGACCUAUUUAAUAAAAACUCUUUGGAGUAUAGAGCACUGGAGCAAAGAUUUUUGGAACUGCUGGUUCCCUACCUCCAGUCAAAUCUCACAGGGUUCCAGAAUUUAGAAAUCCUGAACUUUAGAAAUGGCAGUAUUGUGGUGAACAGCCGAAUGAAGUUUGCCAAGUCUGUCCCUCCUAAUGUCAACAAUGCUGUAUACAUGAUUCUGGAAGACUUCUGUACCACGGCCUACCAGACCAUGAACUUGGCUAUUGAUAAAUACUCCCUCGACGUGGAAUCAGGUGAUCAAGCCAACCCUUGCAAGUUUCAGGCAUGCAAUGAAUUUUCUGAGUGUUUAGUCAACCCCUGGAGUGGAGAAGCAGAGUGCAGAUGCCACCCUGGGUACCUGAGUGUGGAAGAACUGCCCUGUCAGAGUCUCUGUGACCUACAGCCUGACUUCUGCUUGAAUGAUGGAAAGUGUGACAUUAUGCCUGGACAUGGGGCCAUUUGUAGAUGCCGGGUGGGUGAGAACUGGUGGUACCGAGGUGAGCACUGUGAGGAGUUUGUGUCUGAGCCCCUGGUAAUAGGCAUCACCAUUGCCUCUGUGGUUGGACUUGUCCUCGUUUCGUCUGCUGUUGUCUUCUUCCUCGUCAGGACUCUUCAGACUCGUCAUGUUAGGAGAGAGAGAGAGAGGCUCAGCAGCAGGCAGCCUGACAGCCUCUCAUCAAUUGAAAAUGCUGUGAAGUACCCUGCAUAUGAAAGCCAUGUGGCUGGACCCGAGCAGUAUGAGGGGCCCUAUCCUCACAACCCCUUCUACAGCUCUGCAAGUGGAGAGAUGAUUGGUGGCCUGAGCAGGGAAGAAAUCAGGCAAAUGUAUGAGAACAGUGAGCUUUCCAAAGAGGAAAUUCAAGAAAGAAUGAGAAUUUUGGAACUGUAUGCCAAUGAUCCUGAGUUUGUAGCUUUCGUGAGAGAACAUCAAAUGGAAGAGCUUUAAUCAAAACUUUUAUUAUGAAACUGAUCAGAAGCCUAGAGAAGAUGGAGAUCACUUGUUACCCAUGUCAUAUAAUUAACCUGGAUUUUGACCUCUGUUGGAAGAAGAGUGAAAAAAUUAAAAAUUAAAAAAUUAAAUUUGGGGACAAAAUUUUUUCUAGCUUAAAAUUUCAGAAUGUAGUAAGAGAUGUGACCAUUUUUAUACCUACAAAGACCAAAAGCUGUAUUUAAAGAAACUGUAUGAGUUCUGGGAAGUAUUCUACAAGAAAAACUUGGGCCUAGGAGUUGGGACUGAAUUCAUUAUCUGUUCUGAAUCUUGAAAGUGUGUCUUAACUGUGGCUCAGGUUUUCCUGGAAGAAGAUAACAGGAGACCAUUACAGGAGAAGGCAGGCUUAGUAACAAUAUUUUGUAGCAUGUUUGUUAUUGUUAGGUGGAAGGAGAAGCCUUUGAAGUAGUUUUAAUAUAGUUUAUAGUCAGACAUUCAUCUACAUAAAAAAUAUUAAGUUUUUUUUUGGCAAUUACACUAUUGAAGAAAAAGUAACCUUUUUGCUAUAGUAUAGAGUUAGGCUUGUACUUCAGUUUCCACCAGAAUUUUGAAUUUCCUGAGCAUAUGAAUCAAGACCACAUUAUUGUUAAGUAUGUCAAUAUCCUAUUUUUUUUAGUUGUCAAGGGCAUUACAUAUGUAUAAUUUUUAAAAAAUGUUUAUUUAUUUAUUUUGAGAAAGAGCAUGAGCUGGGGAGAGGCAGAAGGGGGUGGGGGGAGAGAAUCCCAAGCAGGCUCCACACUGUCAGUGCAGAGCCCAGUGCAGGGCUCAAUCUCAUGAACAGUGAGUUCAUGACCCGAGCCGAAAUCAAGUCAGAUGCUUAACCGACUGAGCCACCCAAGCGCCCCUCAUAUGUAUAAUGUUUAAAGGGUUCCCAUUAGACUACAGAUUAAUUUAAUUCUGUGGACAGAGAGGGAGUGAAUGGGCAUUGGGUCAAGGCCACAGCACUGAGAAUGUAUUUGGCCGAUCGAUGGGUGGGCUGAGUCAAACUAAUGGGCACCCUGACUCUUCUUUGGCUAUCUCAUGUUGUCCUAGGCAAGUUCUGGAUCUUCUCUAGUUCCUGGUGUAUUAAUUUGGAAAGCAGCACUUAACUACCUCACAUAGUAUAGGUUAGUAUAGGUGAGCUUCUUUGCAUUGCUUUUCCUUUGUAGUAAUAACUCGUGUCUAAAUUAAUUCCUGCUUACAUGAAAUGUGACAGGACUUUUAUUGCAGUUAAAAUUGUUUUUAAGUAUAUAGGUAGGAAAUGUCCACAUCUUAUAUAAAUUUUAACUGAAAAUGGAAGUUUUCCUCUUUCUCUCUAGUAUGUUUUUGAAUGGGUAGCUUUGGAGGGGGCAAGGAGAGGGCCAAAUAAUCUUCACUAUUAAUAUUAAAUUGCAUAUACAAAGAGCUUAUUAUUGAUAAAGCUAUUUCAUGUUAGAUGUCUUCAUAUUUGCCAAAAACAAACUUGACAUUUCGAUUUCUUUCUGACCAGAUCUAACUAACCAGGAUAGAUUGACUAUACAAUAAGAUACUUGGUUCACUUAUUUUUUUUCUUAACUUUAUGAUUGCCAAUUGCACUCAUUAUGGGGCCACCCAAAACUAAAGCUCUGAGUGCAUGCCCCAGUAAAGCCAUUGAAAGCCUAGAAGAUAUCCAGGUAAUUUACAAAGUAUGUAUGGUAUGUGUCUGUAUGAAGGUGGUUCCCUUAUCUCAGCAUUGUUUUUCAUUCCCUACUCACUUAAUGGAUUUUCUACAAGUUCAGUAUAGGUCCAAGUCACUGCUGGGACAUUUCGUACUGGGCUCAUUUGAAAGGUAGUUGAUAAUGGUCUUUAAAGCAUUAUAAAUGGUAAUAACAUUUGCCAUCACUAAAUGCUUAAUUUUAUUUUUAAAAGGUUUCUGUUUAACUGUUUACGUUUUAAACUUGUUUUCCUAAACUUAUAUAUGUUAAAUGAAAAGAAGAUUUGUUUUUAUCCCACAUUAACCCUAGAAUGUAAUCAUUUGAAUGUCUGCUUGCUGUCAGAGUCUACAUGGGCUUAAAAGGAGUCUGGGGAGAGGUCACCAUGUGGAUCAGUUAGGAGAAGCACAAAUUAAAAAAGCUAAAGAAGGAUUGUUGUUUUUCGGAAGCCAAGCAGUGACGUGGGAAUUUGAGAAUUCUGACACAUCUCUGUCUCUGAUUCCCUUUUAUAUGACCUUUUCAGUCAAGAGCAAAUCAUUUAACUCUACAUGAAUGUCUGUUUCAAACCUAUUAAAUGGAAGAAUAAGGGAACUCCCACAGUCUCAGGGAGAAACUUGGAGGCCUCAGUGCAGGAAUGAGACUUAUGCCCUACUUUUGCUAUAGCUGAACUGUAGUAGGAAAGACUGCAGAAUGCAGUUUCCACGGCGAACAUCCAUAGUGCCAGGGAGGCUCUCUCACUCUCAAAGGGCAAAGUACACCAAAAGAGCUUCUUUUUAGAAGAGUGUUCCCUAAAACAAUUUAAUGGCAUAUAGUCAUUUAAGAGGAUGAGGGCUAAACUCUUCUUUAGGUUGUGUGAUUGAGGAAUGAAAUUUUCUGAUUAUUAGAACACUCCCAAUAACCUAGCAAUAUAUUUAAUAAAAAUGCCAUCUUAUUUGAUGGCAAUAAAAUGCAGUUAGUGCUAAAAGUGCAUGGUAAAUAACUCAAACUUUUUUUUUUGAUUCAUAAAGUGCUUUGGAGUCUUAUACAUAUAGCUGUGAGUGUACCUACAUAAUUUCUCUUUUCAUGGGUCUGGAUGAAGGGGAAUUUAUUUGGUAAAUAAGACUUCAUUUCUACCAUGGCAGUAUUUUAAGGGUGUUUGUUCACAUUUAUGUGCCCUACAGUCUCAUUUACUUUACAUAAUAAAGCAAGUGCAGGUUUUACCUGAUUUUAUUCCCACUUUGUUUUUUCUUCUCCAGCAUCUAGUUAUUACGAGUUGGCUGCUCCCCUCCUCCUUCCCCUUUGGUGCCCACAUAGUGAAUUAUAAUGACUUGACCUAAUAUUACUUCUGACAAAAAGAUGGAAACUGAGCAAAUAUUCUCUGUAGGCUUUAAAAAUAUGUUGGCUCAAAUAAUACCUGAUUUAGUUAUUCAUUUGUGUGCUUGUUUUAUGUUUGCCUUCUGCUUCAUGAUUUUUAGGCAGCUAGGAUCUUUGUAUCAUUUACAUGUUUUCAGUAAUGGAUACUCUGAUAUCUGUCAAUCUGUGGAUUGAAUUUUUAUUCUGAAAUGGGAAGAAAAGGCAACAUAUUUAUUCCAUAAGGAAAUAGCUGAUUUAGGAGAAUAACUUAUUUUUAUGACAUUGAGAUGUUUUAACCAAGAGAAAUAUGGGUCAAUUUUUUUCCCCUAAAAUAUUUAUAACAAUUCCUUGUAGGAAUGGGUGGGACCAGUCUUCCUCAUCUCCCAUCCAGCUGUGAUGAGUAAUGGAGCCUAGCUCAUUCUAUUCCCUAGUGUGUAAUAAAUGCAGAAAAACAGUGUGAAGGGUACAGUCCUUAAAUCAAUUGCAUUGUGUUCCACAAAAGAUCCUGGCUGGAAGUGGCAAGGUGGGAGAGUACCAGAAAGUAAUUGGUGAUGUAAAGAAUCUGCCUGGAAAUGUUUUUGACUAAUGGCAUUUUAUAAAACCUUCUACCACUAUGAGUUAAUAAGACACAGGUUAAACCACUCUCUUCAGGAUAGUAAAACGCAGAUUAAAACACUCUUCUCCACUAUGCAAUUUAUAGCUAUAGCCUAGAUUAAAUGGUCCCUCAUUCUGGCUUUUCUUUUUCUCACAUGUAAUUAUUUUUUUAGAGAUUACGGAUAUUAGUAGGAAAAAGUAAACAUCAUAUUAGAGAACAGAUGCAUAAUUAUUUAUGUGUCAGGAUUAUGUCAUGAUUCUGAAGCAAUCGUGUAUGCCAUAAUAUAUAUUCAGUAUGGAGUAUGCAUAAUGUGAGAUUCUUCUUUUUCAUCUUGUUUAUGACAUUUUACUUAAAGUAUAGAUCAACUAAGUUCAUGUUAUUGUACUUUUUUCUUGAAAUGUGCUGGUCUUAAUAUUAACUAAUUAGAAAUAAAAGUUUAAAAAUCUUUACAUAAAAAGAUCUUUCUUUUCUCAUGUAUAUAAUUGUGCUAUUUUUAUUAUUAAUAAACUUCUCUUUUAAGAAUCUCCCCACAUAUUUUUUUUGUCAAUUAAGAGAAAGCACUGUAGAUUAUAGCAACAGUUGUGUUAUGAUUACCAGAGAUACACACAUGAGCAUGAGGUGGAAAUGAAAAUCAUCUUUUGAUUAAUCUUUGUGUAGUGAGGAUGUAGGUGAACUGAAGACAAAUUUAGAGCCCAAUUUUUGCCUUAAAUUUUGUUAAUAGUUAAUGAUGCUGAGUCAUUAUUUCGCCUCUCUUGAACUUUAUUCUUUUAAGCUCUUAGAAACUUUCAUUUUUUCCUCAUUUGCUUAAGGCAGGGAUGGAAAGAAAACUGAUGGAGUUGAUUUAAAAAAGAUUGGUGAGGAUGGUAGCUAGCACCAAAUGUCCUGUAACUAGAGAAGGAAUUGGUCACCUGUCUAAAGAGAACAGAUAAGACCUAAAUAUGGUAACAACAGUCUAAACCAAUUUUGCAUGGGAAGGGCAGGAGGAAAAUCACCUACCACCAACCUAAGCAUCAUCAUCAGAAACCUCAGUUUUCAAUUUCUUUCCUUCCUACAUUUGCAUCUUGGCUUCAUGGCAGCAAGGCAUGAGGAAAUCCUAAAUCAUUCUUAGGGGAAGAUAGUCUUAAUUUUAUUCCAAAGACAACAUUAUAAAAACACAAACAGAAAUAUGUCUAAUAAAAAUACCAGUUAACUAAUUAAUUAGUAACCUCGUUUUAGUUACUAAUUAGAAGAAAGAGUAAUAACCCUAUUAUUUUUAUUUUUUAAAUUUUUAUUGUCUUUUUAGUGUUUAUUUUUUGAGAGAGAGACAGAAUGUGAGCAGAGGAGGGGCAGAGAGAGAGGGAGACACAGAAUCUGAAGCAGACUCCAGGCUCUGAGCUGUUAGCACUGAGCCCGAUGCAGGGCUCGAACUCACGAACCUUGAGACCUAAGCCCAAGUUGGACACUUAACCAACUGAGCCACCCAGGUGCCCCAGUAGCCCUAUUUUUAAUAAGUCUGGUCAGGAUAAGCCCUAGUCACUGUUAGUGCUUGCCCUCAUAUGAUAAUCUGCUUUCUAGGUCCUGCUGAAUAUAUGUCCCAUCUGAGCUAGUUCUUGAUGGGCUGUGUUCCAUGAACUAAACUUUAAAUUAUCUUCUCAGCAAUGCACAUGCACACACACACACACACACACACACACACACACACACACACAUUUUGUGUCCUACCCCUCUUUUUAGUAUAAAUGAAUUUCUA